AUGUCUUCUGUGACGACUGAGACCGACGACUUCAGCGACAUUGCCUCACAGACAGACGCAAAACUUGUAGCUCUUCUCGCUACCGGCCAACUCUUGUGCUGGAAUGUGUCGCUUGCUUCACCGCACACGACUACUCACCUCUUCACGACGUCUCUGGCCUGGCCCCUCUCGGGGUUUGCUGCCGUAUCGUCACACUCGUUGCUGCUUGUUUCCCAUUCCACGUUUACCAUUGUGGCUCUCGAUUCAAUGAUCCAGGAAGACGCAUCUUCUCCCCGCUCUCACCCCAUCGAUGUGACGCUUCUCACGUCUCUUCACUCUGUCGGCGAGCCUAUUCAGGCGUUCUCGGUGUGUAGCAACAUCGUUUGUCUCUUCACUCAGUCUCGCGUCCUGUUCACCAGCUUAAACGGGUUGGCUGUUACUACGUUGAACAGCAUCCAAACAUUUUCUCCCGCCGGCGUCCGUUCAUUGUGUCAUCUUCCCGCCGCUGUUCCUUUCUUUGCGUUUGUGAAAGAUUCUACGUUCGGGUUGAUGAAGUUUGCUCCGCCGUAUAUGCUGCUUCGCGGCAAAUUCCCCGGAGAUGUUCGUCACGCAUUUGCUGCUAGGACGGCUGAUGGCACUCCUGUCCUGUUGGGCUACACUGUUGAUAUGAUGUAUGUGGUUAUGAUUGAUGAAAACGUCUUGUCAGCAAACCCCCGAAUCCGUGUUGCGUCUAUCCCUAUUCCCCAAGGUUUGCUGUCUCUUUCUGUUUUGCAUAUGGACAAAACUGCCAUUCGUGUAGUUGCACAAUCGUACAGUUCCUUUUCUGUUCGGGAAUUCCCUCUCUCAUUUGCAUACACGUUCCCUUUGGAAAGCGAACCCUUGGUGAUCACUCCAGCUGCGUGGUCUUCUGUAGGCACAUUGCCUAGUGAACCUGCAGCUCUGUUGAAUACGUUUCAACAGGAAGCAGAAUCUGUAGCGUCUCACACACAUGACGCCGUUGCUUUGUAUGUAAACACGUGCAUCAGCGAGCAAUUGAAGUGUGCGGUUAUGUCAGCUAUGAACUCCCUUCAAACAAAAUCUUCUGUGGUUUCUGAGCAGGUGCAAUUGCAACACAGUAUACAAACCCAAGCGGUGGACGAGACGAAUAUUCCGGUUUCGUCAGAGAAUUCCAUAGAGUCGCCCUCACCAUCACCCACCGGCUCGUCUGUGGCCGUGAUAGAACCGGACUUGACAACGGAAUCUUUGCCCAGACCAUCGAGUGCUACAGAGACAAAUGAUCUGGCACUACUGGAUUUGGACCCUGUUGACGCCAUAGUGGAAUUCACUCUUCAUCCCUCCCCUUCAGCGUUUUCUGAUCUUCGCGACCAGAUUGAACCCUACCUCUCCAAGCUUUCUGCUCCCCAUCUGCUUUCUCUUAUGCAUGUUUUGUCUAAGCUAGGGUUGGAUGUUGAUGAAGACGAUGACUUGUCCGUUCUUCGAGUGUCUUGCAUUGUGCAUGCCUUCUUCCAGUUCCGUGCUCUUCAAGUGGAAAGCAAAACACUCACUGACUCCCUUGUUCAGCCCGUCCUUCAGAACAUUCAGGCCAACAUAACCCAACUUGGAGCUCUUGGCUCUGCUAGACAUCAAGUUAAAGUAAAGUUUGCUCGUGAGGUUUUGGAAGCAGCACUUAAAACGUUUGAGUAA